AUGAGAACAUUGAUUCUUUUCACCUGUUUUAUUCAUGUGAUCGCACAGAAUUCUCCAGAUGAGAGAAGUAAAAAUGAAAUUGCGAAUAUUGAAUCACAUCAUCACCAUCAUCGGAAACCUCAUCAUCAGAAAACGCAUCGCAAAAAACAACCAGUGUAAGUACUUUUUUCAAAAUAAUCUGCUCAUAGUCAGUUUCUCUGAAAAAAAUUCGAGGAAAUAAUUUGUCUGAAAUUUCUAAACUUUUGAAUAAAAUAUCUUUAUCCUAAUGUAAGUUUCGAAAUAAUUCUUGAACAUGUGUGAUGGUACCUAAAUUAUACCUAUUAUUUUUCCUGAUUCUGGAAUUUUCAGAUGUGUGAAUGGUAAAGCUGUUGAUGGAAUUUGUCAAUGUGAACUUGAUUUCAUUGGAGAUCACUGUGAGAAAAAGAAACAUUGCGAAUCAUUUCGAAGAUUUCGAAAUGGUUCUUGUCCAGAUUGUUUGAAAGGUUUCACGGGAGAUUUUUGUGAAAAAAUUAUUUGUGAUCACGGAGAACGAAAAAAUGUAAGUUUAACUUUUUUUCUCAAAAAAAAAAAGAAACAACUUUGUUUUCAGCACGACACUGAAUGUUUAUGUCAUGAGCCGUUUUCUGGAAUUCAUUGUGAUCAACUUGAAACUAAGAAAAUUUAUAGUUAUUAUAAUCGUAAAGUGUUUUUACUUGGACCCCUUGGUGCUAUCUCUUUGAUACCAAUGUGUUUGCUUUAUAUGGGUUGUGAAUAUUUUGCGAAAAAAAGACAAGUUAGUUUUUAUCUUCCUAAUUUCACUUUUGUUUUUCUAGUCACAAACACUAUAUUUUUCAGGUUAAACGUGUCGGUCUCAUGAUGGAAGGGCAGAAUAUAAAUGUAAAAAAUCAAACGCUGGAGAGAUUAUUGAAAAAUCUGUGA